AGCACUUGCGAAUCAAUUGCACACCAAACAAGGUUUCUUACCCAGAGUUGUUGCGUUUCUGCAUACAUAGCAUACUUCAGCUAGAUCCAUGGCGAAAUGCUGGCUGCUGCUCCACUUGUUGGCGUUUCUCUUGCCAGCGGCGAGCGCUACGUCGUGCCACACCGAUGACCUCCACGCGCUGCAGGGCUUCGCCGGGAACCUCGGUGGUGGUGGCGUGCUCCUACGUGCCGUCUGGUCCGGCGCCUCGUGCUGCGGCUGGGAAGGUGUGAGCUGCGACGGCACAAGUGGACGCGUCACGGCGCUUCGGCUCCCCGGGCACGGGCUUGUGGGGCCCAUCCCUGGAGCAUCCUUGGCGGGCCUCACGCAGCUGGUGGAGCUCAACCUUGCCAACAACAAACUGAUCGGCACCAUCCCAUCAUGGAUUGGUGAGCUUGAUCACCUUUGCUACUUGGAUCUCUCCAAUAAUUCAUUGGUUGGCGAGGUACCGAAGAGAUUGAUACAGCUCAAGGGCCUCGUCUCCACUGGUCGUUCACUGGGUAACAGAAGAACACUCCAACAACAACAACAACCAAAUAUCAUAUCUGGGACAAACAACAAAGUCCGAUCUGGUAGAACCAAUGUUGUAUCCGGGAACGACAACACUGUCAUAUCCGGAAACAACAACACGGUGGCUGGGAGCAACAAUACCAUCACAACUGGGAGCGACAAUACCGUAACUGGUAGCAACCAUGUCGUAUCUGGGAGCAAACAUAUCGUAACAGACAACAACAAUGUUGUUUCCGGAAUUGACAAUAAUGUAUCCGGGAGCUUCCACACCGUAUCCGGUAGUCACAAUACCGUAUCCGGGAGCAACAAUACCGUAUCUGGGAGCAACCAUGUCGUGUCUGGGAGCAACAAAGUCGUGACAGGAGGUUAAUAGUUUGUCUGUCGAUGUAGCUCACAACCACUUGUUGGGGCGAAUUAUGUUUUGUAACCUCAUGGAUGUCCCAUCCUUUUUCUACUUUAAAUAAAAUUUCCAGAAAUUAUCUUA